AUGGUGAGCAAGAGUCCAAACCUCUUCCAGGUGAUGGUGCCCUGUCAGCACAAAGGCUGUCCUCAGACCUUUACGACCAAAUCUGCCAUGAGACUCCAUUACCGGGUGGCGCACCUGAACCUCAAGGAGUAUCUCUGCAGGCACUGCGGGGAGGUCUUUGCCUACAAGCGCGUGCUGCGGAACCACUGCGAGAAGGUGCAUAAGAUCCUGCCGACAGAGGAGGAGCUGAAGCCUUGCAAGGAUGAGCAGGAGCGUGCCAAGUACGCUCGGGUGGAGCCUCCGCCGAAGCAGGCUCCGCGUCCAGAGCUGCGACCUACAAUCGCCCAAGCCGAGUUUUAG